GAUAGAGCGUCUGUUUCCUAAGCAGAAGGUCGUAGGUUCGACCCCUACCUGGCGCGGUAAAUUUUUUAUCCUCCUGCUUAUUACCCUGCUAGUAUAUCCUUUACCUCAAUUUCUUCUUGUGCGUACUAAUUCAUGCUGCUGUAUCUGAUAUAACUCAGUGUCACAAUUUCUGUGCUUUGCUACCUGUAUUGAUCAUGUUCUCUCACUCACCUUCCAUUGCACUCCGACUAUCUUUGAAUGAUUUAUCAAAUCUUAUCUACUCUCCAACUAAUUUCAUUCUAAGAAUAUAAAAAUUUUUCACUCAAAUGUCUGUCCUCUUAUUGCCAAAGCACCAAGCUUUCUCCAAAUAUCAUCCUACAUCUUAAUUUCUAACCCUUUACCUCAUCCAUUCUCCGGGUAUAAAUAAUUUGAGGCAUCAGCGAAACAAACGGACAACCCUGUUUGAAUCUUACAAUGUCUCUUAUUGCCGAAGCACCAGGUUUCCUCCAAGUGUUUUCCGAUGGGACUGUGAAGCGUUUUGCUCCUGACAUCACUUCUGCCUCGCCAGAAUCUUCUGAAAUUUACAAGUCAAAAGAUGUAGCCAUUGAUCCAUCCAAACCUAUAACAGGAAGAAUUUUCCUUCCUAACACACCAACAGUAAACUCUUCGACUCUUAAGCUUCCUGUGGUGGUUUAUUUCCAUGGGGGUGGAUUCUGUAUUGGCUCAACAACAUGGCUAAACUACCAUAUUUUUCUAGGAGACCUAGCUUCUUUAGCAGGAGCAAUUGUCUUGUCUAUUGACUACCGCCUUGCUCCUGAGAAUCGUUUGCCUAGAGCCUACUCCGAUGGUUGUAGCUCUCUUGAGUGGCUAGUAAAGAGCUGCUACACCGAGCCAUGGCUUGAACGAGCUGACCUUUCACGUGUGUUUCUCUCAGGGGAUAGCGCGGGAGGGAACAUUGCACAUAAUAUCACCAUAAAAGCUCAGACAAGUGAAGAUCAUGACUUAAGUAGCAUUCAUAUAAAAGGUAUCUUACUAAUACACCCUUAUUUUGGUAGUGAGGAGAGAACUCCUCAAGAAAAGGCAGCUGAGAGUGGCAUAGAAGUACAAAUGAAUGAUAUGUUUUGGAAUUUAAGCAUACCUAAGGGAUCAAAUCGCGACUAUUUCGGGUGUAACUUUGAGAAGGAUGGACUUAAACAUGAUGAAUGGAGUUUAUUUCCGAAGGUGGUGGUUUAUGUGGCGGAACUUGAUUUUCUGAAAGAAAGAGGUGUGAUGUAUGUUGAAUAUCUUAAAAGAAAAGGGGUUAGGGAUGUGAAGUUGAUUGAAGCCAAAGAUGAAGGUCAUAUACAUCAUAUUUAUCAUCCUAAAUCGGAAUCCACAUAUUUGCUUCAACGACAAAUGGAUGAGUUUAUUAAUAACUAGUAGUGUUAAAUAUUCUACAAUUAUAUUACGAGGGAUGAGUUUAUUUACAACUAAUAGUGCUAAAUUUCAAACAAUUAUAUUACGAGGUUUACAUUUCAGAAACAUGGAGUAGUUAUUGUCCGUCCAAAAAAAAAAAAAAAAAAAAAAAAAAAAAAAAAAGCUACGUGAUUAUAUCUCUUAUAUGGCUAGAACACGUAAUGAAAAAAAAAAGAGUUCUUUGUUUGCAAGAGCUAUUAUUUUGUAUGGUAAUAAUAUUACUCGUAAUAGAUAAGACAUGCAUCGUUUUAAGACUUUGACUGUUACUAUAGAUAUUGACACUUAUACAUACACUUUAUUAUAGAAGUUAGAAUUGUUAUAAAGAGUAAUUCAUUACAUUUACGUAGAACGGUAGAAGGGGUAGUGCUAUAAAGUAACAACAAUGUAGAAGCUGUAAAAAUAAAUAAAAAAAUAAAAAAAUAACAUUGGAGAAGAUAGUUGAAUAAAAAAGAAUAGGUGACAAGGGGGAUGGACAAAUGGGUGAGACUAAUAUUUGAUGUAUCCGCAAAGGAUAAGAUUCUUUUCGUGGCUUGCGUGCAAUGAUAAACUCAUGACUGAUUGGAACCGUUUCGCUGCUAUGUAUGUGGUUAGGUUGAGGAGAACAUGAACCAUAUUCUGAGCAAGGGUAAUUUGGAGGAAAUUGGGCUGUGAUGCUGAUUUUAAUUGUUGGUUAAUGGGUAAUUUGAAGGCUCAAGAUGUCCACUACUUGUUGGUGGUUAUGAAGAUGGAGAAACGAGAGAAGUUUCGAGAGAGAUUCAAGAGAAGUUUCGAGAGAGAUUCUGCUUGACCAAUCGAGUUUCAUUAUGACUCGAGUGGGUGAUAUAAACAAGUUUCAUAUCAAGUUCCUGGGGAGAGGAAGCGUACUGAGUUGCCCAUUAGAUAGAUUUUUCCCAAGGAAAAAUUGGGCUUCAAUAAAAGCUAGCUAAGCAGUUAGUUUGCUUAGCUUGGAUUUGUUUUUCUUUUUCUUUUUUUCUAGUUUCUUUUUAGUUUGUUUUGUUUUCGUUUGCUUUUCUUUUGGUUCGGCUUUGUACUUCUUUUGGGGCUUACCCCUCGUGUUCACCAAAAAUAAAAAUAAAAAAUAUAGGCACAAAGUUAAACCCUCAAGUUGCCAUUUCUGUUGAUAAAUCAAUAUGACCACUUAUGGGGAGAGGACAUUUUAAACCAAGGAUCCAACUCUUUCAUGCAAAGAUUUGAUGUUAAAAAAUAAAUAAAUAAAUAAAUAAAGUGAAUAUUCAAAUGUUAAGGUCAUUGCUUGAACAAUGAUUUUUAGCAUGAAAAGAUGUUGAAGCCUUCACAAUGUUUUGGACAUCGUAAAAAAAACAAAUGAUGCAACAAUUGGGUAAUGGAAAAAUGGUACUCCGUGCUUAACACGAGCAGUUGAUUAGCUGUUACAUAUAAUUUUUUUUUUUUUUUAAACCAUAGAUUAAAUUUUCAACAAGUACCUCUAAUCUUCAAGAGCUUAUAUUUCUAACUUUUAAUAAAAGUUACCCCUACCACUAAACACUACUCCAACCACUACUUUGCCGAAUUCUGAUAACUUUUUAUUAGUCAAUC